CACAACAAUAACAAACUACGUAGAAAGAAACAAUCUUACAUUUUAAAAUAGCCUUAAUUAUUAAUUUUCAUUAGAAAUAUGUUGUUUUAGAUGUGAUCCUAUCAACACCAAAGGAUUUUUGGACAAAUUAUUUACGUGACACUGAUCAAGACUCAAGAGAAUCUGGAUAUGAAAUGGAUUCUGACUCAGAAGGAUCCAUAAUACUUUUGUAUGACACAGACAGUGAAGAUGUUUUUGGUCAGGCAGAGUCAGAUCAGUCUGAAAACUCUGAAGAGAGAAGCCAAGACAUAGGAGUUCAACAGGCUUUCAACAUGGAUCUGCCUAGCAUGCAUUCAUACCUGGGUGAGGAGUUGGAGGUGGUUCGAGGCAGGACUGUGUUUGAGGAAGGAUCAGUAGUCACUCUAGAUCUACUACAACAUGCUGAUGUUGUGUUGAUGCUUGGACAGACACUACCUGACUAUUGUUUACCUGGGCCAGGAGUUGGAGGUGGUUCGAGGCAGGACUGUUACCUGGGCCAGGAGUUGGAGGUGGUUCGAGGCAGGACUGUGUUUGAGGAGGGAUCAGUAGUCACUCUAGAUCUACUACAACAUGCUGAUUACCUGGGUGAGGAGUUGGAGGUGGUUCGAGGCAGGACUGUGUUUGAGGAGGGAUCAUACCUGGGUGAGCAGUUGGAGGUGGUUCGAGGCAGGACUGUGUUUGAGGAGGGAUCAUACCUGGGUGAGGAGUUGGAGGUGGUUCGAGGCAGGACUGUGUUUGAGAAAGGAUCAUACCUGGGUGAGGAGUUGGAGGUGGUUCGAGGCAGGACUGUGUUUGAGGAGGGAUCAUACCUGGGUGAGGAGUUAGAGGUGGUUCGAGGCAGGACUGUGUUUGAGGAGGGAUCAUACCUGGGUGAGGAGUUGGAGGUGGUUCGAGGCAGGACUGUGUUUGAGGAAGGAUCAUACCUGGGUGAGGAGUUAGAGGUGGUUCGAGGCAGGACUGUGUUUGAGGAGGGAUCAUACCUGGGUGAGGAGUUGGAGGUGGUUCGAGGCAGGACUGUGUUUGAGGAGGGAUCAGUAGUCACUCUAGAUCUACUACAACAUGCUGAUGUUGUGUUGAUGCCUGGACAGACACUACCUCUGGCUGUAUUUGAUUCUCGAACCAUCAACAUGCUGGAAAACUGUAUUAGCAACGAUAAAACAUUUGGAGUUUUAGCCUGCUGGAGUAGUGAACGAAACACAAAAGUUGAUUGCAUUGGAACAACAGCAGAGAUCUACGAGUAUCUCCCAGAGGAAGGAACCAGACUUGGCUUAAGAGUGAAGGCUUGUGCUCGGCAGCGGUUCAGACUGCUGGAGGGAGAGACCAACAGAAGGAGGGCAAAAGUCCGUAUCCUGCCUGAGGUGAAGCUGCCAGACUCUCUUGAGGGAGUGAAGCUUCUGAGUCUGCGUCGCCACCGGUCCUCACCUCAACAGAGGCUAAGGUGUAGAAGAGCUGACGCAGCUGUAACCGGGUGGCCGGCCUUUGUCCACGAGAUGUACAAUGCGGACCGGCUCGUACAACAAGUGAAGGAACAGCUUAGCUCUACUUUGAUUUCACAACACGACAAAAACAAGCCGAAUGAACAGGGUGCUCCAGUGAAGCUUGUGUUACCUGACGACCCAACAGAACUUUCCUUCUGGGUGGCUCGAAACGUGCCGAUGAAAGAAAUACACAGAGUGAUGAUGCUCAAAUUGAACUCUCCGAUCCAGAGACUUCGGUGGGAGCUGAAGAUAAUGCAGCAGGUAGCUUAUUCUGAGUGUUUGGACGCCAUUUCACCUUUUUGGAAGUUGUCAAAACAGUUUCUUUGCUGCCGAUCCUGCACGAACACCGUAGGUUCUGACUCAGAUUUGUUUUCCAUGUCAACUGAGGGUCCUCAAAGCACCUUCGUCAACCCUAACGGUUACUUGCAUGAGACCAUCACUCUGUACAAGGUCAAGAGCAUCUACGCAGUCGGUCUACCUUCCACUGAGUUCAGCUGGUUUCCUGGAUACGCUUGGACCAUAGCAAAGUGUAACCACUGCAACCACCACCUAGGAUGGAUGUUUACAGCUACUAAGAGCAAUCUCAAGCCACUCAAGUUCUGGGGCAUCUGUCGUCAAGCCAUCUUGGUCAAGUGGGUAGUCAAUACACCAGGCCUCGACAUCAUGAUUGUGUAGAGAUAUGUAUAACUUCAUCGUUUAUUACAGUAUUUCAAUACUAAUGGUAAUUCAGUUUUACAUGUACAUGUAUAUGGUUGCUAUCAGGCAAAAUGUUUUGAAACGCAGCUUUUCAACAGGAGUGUGCGAGUAUUGAUUUGUGGGUUUGAAUAAAAUAAAAUAAAAUAAGAAUAUUUUGUGAUAUUUUUGAUUAAAGUCUUUUAAGUUAUUUGUAUGUAGUAUCAUAUUCACCAAAAGUUUUCAACUCACAGCAGACAUAAUGCAGGCUUAUAAGUAUACUUCUAGAUUCUUUAUCCUGUAUACAUUGGCAUUUUACCUUUAUUUUCCAGUCUAAAAUUAGCUGUUACUAUUACCAAGGUUUCAACGCUGGUUGAAAUAUGCAACUUAAAUCCAUUCUGUAACCACCAUGGCAACCCUUAGUCAUAGUCAUAGUCAAGAAUCUUAAUUCAUAAGUAUACAUGGUUGUAUGCACAUGAAUAGUGUCAAAUCAACCAAAAACUAAUGCUUACUAAGAUAAAGCCAUUUUCAAUUCAUCUAUAGAGUACAAGGUCAGAUCCAUUAAAUAGAUCCUUGAGGCUUUUUUUUUUAAUAUUGAGUUUUGGUUUUGUUUUAAUUUUUUAAGGAAUAAAUUUUAAAACCGUUACUUUUGAGAAACACAUUACUCCCAGGGUGUAUACCAACCGGGAAAACCGGGAGAACCGGGAAAUAACCUUGAAUUUGAAGGGACCUGGAAAAAACCGGGAAAAAGCCGGGAUUUUUGGACCGAAUCCGGGAUUUUUAUUUUAGCCCCGGUAGAAGAUUGUAGUCGUAAAACGCGUCUUGCCGCGUUUGCGGGCGACGACGAUGACGUUUUCGUGACCGCGGGAGACGACGGUGACGUUUCCGUGACCGCGGGAGACGACGAUGAUGUUUACAUGGCUGCGGUAAAUAUUCAUGAUUUUACCGCGAUCGCGUACUUCGACGAUUACGUUUCCCUAACCGCUGGAGUCAAUGAUGAUGUAUACACGGCCGUGGAAAGUUUUCAUGAUUUGCCGUGACCGCGAAAGAUGACGAUGAUGAUUUCUACACGGCCGCGUGAAAUACUCAUGAUUUUGCCGCGAUUGCGACCUACGACGAUGACGUUUCCGUGACCGCGGGAGACGACGAUGACGUUUUCGUUACCGCGGGAGACGACGAUGACGUUUCCGUGACCGCGGGAUCAACGAUGAUUUCUACACGGCCGCGUGAAAUACUCAUGAUUUUGCCGCGAUUGCGACCUACGACGAUGACGUUUUCGUGACCGCGGGAGACGACGAUGACGUUUCUGUGACCGCGGGAGACGACGAUGACGUUUCCGUGACCGCGGGGUCAACGAUGAUGUAUACACUGCCGCGGGAAAUAUUCAUGAUUUUGCCGAGAUCGCGGACGACGACGAUGACGUUUCCGUGACCGUGGGAGACGACGAUGAUUAUGUCUACACGGCCGCAGAUGUUUAAAUGAUUUUGCCGAGAUCGCGGACGACGGCGAUGACGUUUUCAUAUCUGCGAGAGGCAAUGAUGAUGUCUACACGGCCGCGGAAGAUUUUCGUGAUUUGCCGUGACCGCGAAAGACGACGAUGAUUUUGUCUACACGGCCGCAGAUGUUCAUGAUUUAGCCGCGAUCGCGACCUACGACGAUGACGUUUCCGUGACCGCGGGAGACGACGAUGACGUUUCCGUGACCGCGGGAGACGAUGAUGACGUUCCCGUGACCGCGGGAGACGACGAUGACGUUCCCGUGACCGCGGGAGUCAAUGAUGGUGUCUACACGGCCUCGGAACAUUUUCGUUAUAUUGCCGUGAUCGCGGUCGAUGACAAUGACGUUUACGUGACCGUGGGAGUCAAUGAUGAUGUCCACACGGCCGCGGAACAUUUUCGUUAUUUUGCCGUGAUCGCGGUCGAUGACAAUGAAGUUCCCGUGACCGCGGGAGUCAAUGAUGGUGUCUACACGGCCUCGGAACAUUUUCGUUAUUUUGCCGUGAUCGCGGUCGAUGACAAUGACGUUUACGUGACCGUGGGAGUCAAUGAUGAUGUCCACACGGCCGCGGAAGAUUUUCGUGAUUUUGCUGCGAUCGUGGAUGACGAUGAUUACGUUUUCGUGAUCGCGAGAGAUGGCGAUAAUGUAUACAUACCGCGGAUAUGUCCAGGAUUUUUCUAUGGUAACGUAAGACUGUGAUGACGUUUACGUCACCGUGGGAAGCGACCACACGACCGCAGGAAAUAUUCAGGAUUCAGCCGCCGUUGAUCAUGUGUUCAUAAAAAAUUAAGAUAAUAUUCAUGAUUUUGCUGCCAACGAGAGAUACGAUGUUUCCGUGGACUUAAGUAAUGAUGAUAAUGAAAAUCUUUGAAACAAAUUUAAUGUAAGUUUAUAUUGUAUACUUAGGCUGCAAGUCUUAAAUUGAUUAUAGUUUAAGUGGAACCAAACAAAUACGCGGGAACCUGGAAAAACUUGGAAAAACCAGGAAAAAACCUGGAAAAAACCUGGAAUUUCACUUUAAUAAAAUAGUAUACACCCUGACUCCGUUCCAUUACAACUUGGUAUAGUAACCUGUUAAUUUUGUAACCUGUUACCUUUAAGAAAUUAAAUACAAAUCUUAUUGAACAAAAAAAUUAUUUAUUAGGCCUGUAGAAUAUUAUAUCCAAAGUUUUGCUUUUGUAAUUAGUUUUUCAGAUCUAAGAAGCCGUAAUUUAAUUUAAGUUUUGCUCUUGGGGUAACCUAAUCAAGCAAUUUAUACUUCUCUUCAAAAUUUUAACAACUUUAUUCCAGUUUGUUUCAAUGCCAGAUGGUUGUAAGAGUAAUAAAAUAACUUGCUGUUGUAAUGAUUGUGUGUUUAAUCUGCCAUACCGUACUACCACCGUACCAUACCAAUAAUGAAAUAAUUGCUCUACCACUUGAGUACUUGCACACCCCUAGUUUUUGAGAAACCAGUCUAAAUUCAAGCGUAAAACCCUACCAUAGUCUACCCUAACCCACAAAACCCUCAAAAACCUAGUCCACAGAUAGUAGCCAUUAUUGAUCAAUGAUUUUAGGGAAUAAUUUGAAUUUGCAUUGUUAUUUAACACUUGAUGAGACUGUUGUCCUUAACUGAUACUGGUCAAUUAUGUUUAUUUCACAUUAAUAGACUAAAGGUGAAAAUGUAUUAAAAUUGUAUAGAGUUUCUGGAAUACCCCUUUUUUGGUUUUGUCGUUUUUACCAUGUACUAAUUAACAUAUAUUUUCCUCUAUUCACUCUUUUAUAAAAUAUAAAUAAAUUAAAUAAAAAUAUAUUAUAGUUUAA